GUGAUAUGAAAACAUGGUUAAACACAUUAUUAUAUUUUUAACCUUAAUAUUUUACAUCAUAAAAGCUGAACUGGUGGAAAUACCUUGUCCUGAACGAUGCAAUUGCGAAAUGGUGGAAAACUUAAAAAAGGCUUCAUGCACACACAAAAACAUAUACAGCAUAGAAAUAAACAUGCACCCAGACGUUGAUAUAUUCGACAUUUCGUCAAACUAUAUUAACAGUCUUGGACCAUCUACAUUUCAGAAUAAUCACCUAACAAACCUAAAACUUUUGAACAUAUCAAAUAAUGCAUUGGCGAAUAAUAUUCAUAUGGACGCUUUUAAUGGUUUGGUGAAAUUGAAAACACUGGACCUAUCCAACAAUAGAAUAGGAGUUAUUAUGAAAAUUUGGCUCAAAGAUAUGUCGGAACUAAAAGAAUUAUAUUUGUCGGGUAACUAUUUGAACAGGAUGGGAAACGAGCCACCAUUCGAGUCGAAAUCUUUGAAGGUUUUAGAUUUAAAUAAUUGUGGGAUUGAUGCAAUCGAACCCGAUUUAUUUGAUGGUGUUCCGAAUUUGGAAUAUUUGGAUUUGUCCCGGAAUCACCUUAUGAAAAUGCCGAACCAAAUAUUGUUUAAUUUGAAGAAAUUAACGUUUUUCAGCCUCGAUGACACUCGAAUAGAGUGCAAUAAAAUGUUUAUGUCUACAAUUGACUAUUUAAAAAAUAGGGAUGUGAUAUUCAAGACUCCUUGUAAGAAAAUUGAUCAACUUAAAACAGGUCAAAAAUUUCAAAAAAUGAUAAUGGAUCCAAGUAUUCAAAAAAAUUCUUGGAUAUUCGAUGAAAACAGCGAUGUUAAGAUUAUUGAAGUUUGCAAUAACUCUAUAACCCCCAGAAACGAAACCUACCUUUUGAGAGUCGUAAAAAUAUCUCCUCCCAUAGUGUUGGCCUCAAUUUUGGCCUACGGAAUUUUGACAGGUUUAACAUUGGGCUGUAUCUGCGCAAACUGCUCUUGUUCAUGUAAAAAAAGAAGUAAGGAUUGGGGGGAGGAAGUGGAGCUGGAGUCCUCCCAUUCCCACAGCAGGACCAUAAAAAGGAGGAGUUUUUUGAUGCCUUCAAAGAGGUACAGGAGUAAUGGUAACAUUUUAAAUUAUGAAACCAACAUUGACAAGGAAAGUUUAUUGGAGUCAGCUUGGGAUGCAGGCAUAUCGACACCACAACAAAUAAGGAGAGUUAUGGGUGAAGAGAGAAAAGAUUAUGCAUAAAAAACUCAAUUUUUUUAAAAUAUAUAUUUUUGUUUAUA